AAGUAGAGCCGUCAGGAAGCGCGAACGGGAAGACCAAGAAGUGUUACCUCAGCUGGGAGCAUCUCAGAGAUUUCCGAUUGUCGCACAGAAGGGAACUCCUAGAGGGCAAAGAAGUAUCAUGGUAGAUUUUGGGAACCCAGGAAGGCUUCACUGCACCAUGAGACUCACCUGUACCCUACUCAUUAUGGGACUGUGCUGUGUAUCACCUUUCUUCUGUCAAAACCAAAUAGAUCUCCUGGCUCUGAACAAAGCAGAUCCUCAAUGCUGGGAAUCCUCUUCAAUGCACCUUUUGGAGAUGAGGAAGCCACCCAUUUCUAAUACUGUGGAAGGAUUUUGGGACUUUAUGAUCCACCUGAAAUCAUCUGAGAACUUGCAGCAUGGGGCCCUCUUUUGGGACCUGGCUCAACUCUUCUGGGAUAUCUAUAUAGACUGUGUGCUGUCCAGGAACCAUGGCUUAGGAAAGAGACAGCUGGCUGGAGAUAAAGAGAAACUAUCCACAACCAAUUCACAGCACACAGGAAUUGUGUCUGAUUCUUCAUGAAUCCAGUUGUGAAAGAGGCAAAGUGAUUUGCCCAAGAUAACACAGUAGUACAUAUUCUCAGUUGCUAAGAGCCCCACUCCUGAAGAGGAAAGAGUUGAUUGAAGAUCUGAUGAGCAUCCAUAAGCAUAAGAGUGCGUCUAGAUUAAUUUGAAGAGUUACCAGUGAUCUAGGAAUAAAGAGAAAAUAAAUCAAAUUCCAGACUUAAA